AUGCCGCACCCUGUCUAGCCAAGGUGUUCAGGGCUCUUCAGGGUCUGUCAAGAGCAACGUCGGGUUCCAGCCUGUUCCAUUCCGACUUUUACACUGUCCCUACGUACGCAGCAGAUUGAGAUGAUGGGACCGAGUCUGGCCCUUUAAAUUGAAAAGCUCCAAUCACGGCUGGUUCAACUUGGGGUGUGGGCUGCUCUUUUUAAACGUCCAAGGUGGAGGAGCAAGGAAGGUCUGCCCUUUGAGAACCAACAAUGGCAAACCAGUUCCUAAUGUGUCAUUUCCCCGCCCCGCUACCCCAUUAUAUUCUCUGAGCCCUCCAGUACAAAAGUCAACAAGGAACGAACCGCCUGCAGGAAGGCUUGGCUGAAGGGGAAAGUGAAAGCUGAGAAGGGAAGAGAGCUAUAAAGAAUCACCACAGAGCGCAGAAGUGAGGGACAGAUUAAAAUGACCAAGAUGGAGGACCCAGGCGGGCAAGAGAAGUUCCUGCAGCAGUUCUGUGCGGACAAAGUCUUCCUCUCAGGGGACAAGGAGUGGAGGGUGGGAAAGAACUUUUUCCUGGUGAAGAGCACGGUGGAAAAAAUGGUGAAAUGGGCCUGCGAAUCCAGCAGCAGAUUAUACCCCGAGGCCCCCGUCCUGGUGGGAAGCUACACGGAACAGCUCCACCUCCAAGCAGAGGGGAGUUCCAACGGUUUUGACUUCCUUGUCCCGCUGAGGUAUAACCCCAAGCUGACCCUCGUCAGCGGCAGCACCGUCGCCCAGGACGCCAGCAGCGAUUGUGAACGGAAGCUGCCCACCUACAUGUUCCGUGACAAAGGGGUGCCUGUCGUUCGCUGGGGCACCAAAGUCCUCCUGGACCUCGAGGCUCUGGGAGAGACCUAUGUGGAAGUCCACUGUGAUAAGAAGAAAGAAGAGGAGGAUGAGGAGGAUAUCGUUUUGGAUAGAUUAGAUGAGUUUAAGGAGAGCCUUGGACACCACAACCUGGACCCAGUUCAAAUCACGAAGGACUUUCACCAUUAUAUGGAAAUCACCUUGGAUCCAGCGUACACCCAUCCUCUACAAAAUGAUCCUGUUUUCCAACGAAGACUGUUCCCCUCCCGAGUACCCAGGAUAGACGAGAGGAUAAGAAAGAACAUCAAAUUAGAGGCCUUGGAUUCGGACAGCCCAGCCGUCCAGCUGACUUUCGAUGAAGGAAUUGAAACGGUCCCAGUGAAUUUGGCACCUGCUAUUCAGGGAGCCUUCCAGCUCUCCAACCAGUGGGUGAGGGAAGACCUCACCCACCUUUCCGACUGGUGGGAGGGGGACCUGGCCAACGAAAAGAAAAGCUUCCUCCGGAAAGCAGCGGUGCUUCAGGAAGUUGGGCCGGAGCUGGUCGCCAAGGGAGGAUUUUGGAGGCUCUCUUUCAGCCGUGCCGAAGCUGCGAUUCUGGAGGGUGUCGACGCUGAUCAGGGCCACAGGCGGGCAGCAUUGAGACUGCUGAAGUUUGUCAACGUGACAAGAUGGAUGCCAGAGUAUGGCAAAAUCCUGACCUCCUACCAUCUCAAGACCAUUUUGCUGUGGUGCUGUGAAAUCUAUCCUCAAAAGGCGCAGUGGGGAACUCUGCUGUCCUCGCUGCAGGCCCUCCUGGGGAUCCUGAAGCACACCCUGGCCAGGCAGAAGCUCCCUCACUACUUCCUCGUGCCCGUCAACCUCUUCAACAGGCGCUACAAAUCCAGCAGCGCCACCUACAGGCCCUUGGCCUUGGAGGUCCUCCGCCUUGAGGUCGAAGCGAUGCUGGCUGAUCCAGUGGGAUACCUCCUGCCAGAUCAUGAGUCACAGGGCCGUUGCGUCAGCGAAGACUUUGAGGAGAAGUGGGAGGCUCUGCGGGACUUUAAGGGAAGGCGUCAGGAAGAACUGAAGAAGAUGGAGGAUGAACAGAUGUAUGAGGAGGUGGAAAUGUAUGAGGGUGAUGGGGCCGAGUCCUGUGUGAAGAGCUAGAAAUCCACCUGAACACUGUUGUUCCCUGCAAUUGGCCAUUCUGCCACAGAAUUCCCACAAUUUAAAGCAGGGGUGGGGAACUUGUGGCCCUCCAGACGUUUUGGCCCUAGCCAAUGGUGUAUAAAGCCCUAAACAACUUGGGACCAGGAUACCUGAGAGAGCACCUUCUCCCUUAUCAACCUGCCCAGUCACAGAGGUCAUCAGAUGGGAUGCUUAUGGUGGUUCCACAUGGAUCUUCAGCCCAAGAGGAAUCUACCCAGAGAACAACCUUCAAUGUGGUGGCCCCCUUUCUAUGAGACUCCCUGCCUCUGGAGGUCAGGCACAUGUCGACACUGUUGUUUUCAGCACCCCCUGAAAACAUCUUUAUUUCAGAAAGCCUUCCUUGGCUGACCAGCCAUGUUUUUAUCAGAAUUCUAUUUUUAAAAACAAUCAUUUUAAACAAAGAAUGUUGUUCUUUAUCUUAUCUUUUUAUCUUUUAUUGUU